AUGGCCUCCCACCGCAUCGGCGCGCGCGUCGCGGGCCUCUCGCCAGCGCAGCUGUGCGCCAUCAUCGAGGCGCAGGCGGGCGCGAGCGACGCCGCGCUGCGCGUGGCGGAGGAGCACGCCGCUCGGCUCGUGGAGCAGCCCGAGUGGGUGCUCUCCGAGGUCCUCCUCUCGCCGGACCUCGCCCCGCACAUCCUCGCCCAGCUGCCGACCAAGGAGCACGCCGCCAAGGGGACGAGACGCUGA